AUAUUGUUUCGUUUCCACUUGCUUUUUAUCUCUUUCUUUCUUUCUAACAAUACAUAAGACCUUCACCAAGACUCUUCAUUUUGUUUCUUUUUUUUUUUUUUUCACUUGCAACACAAUGAUCAAUCUGUUUUUAUCCCCGACAAAUUAUAUGUCCCUCAGAAUCAUAUUGAUGCUCUUUGUUAUCCCAUCUUGUAUUUUCUCAUCUAUUGAUCUUUAUAGACACUGUAGUCAACCGAUUAAAUGCGGUAAUCAGAACGGUCUCUUGUACCCAUUCUGGAUUCCUGGUAGAGAAGAGUGCGGCCACCCAGAGUUCAAGCUCGAAUGCAGCGCAAGAUUUGCAGAGGUUAGCUUCUCCUCUGUAACGUUCAGAAUCUUGGACGCUAAUUAUGUGUCUGGUACCAUAAGACUAGCCAGAUCCGAUCUUAUCAAAGAUCUUUGUCCCUCUGCUCCUUUAAAUGUUCCAUUCGUGGAAAACACCCUUUCAUUUUCUCCCAACACCGACUUGAUUACAAUUUUUUACGGCUGCGACGUUUCACGGGUGGUUUAUACUUAUGGUGGCAUGCUUGGUUGUCCGAUUGAUAAAACUACUCUCAAAAGAAAUUACUAUGUGACGAGAAACCUCUCGUCUCCUCUACUUCAAGGGAUCAGUUCAUCUUUAAACGACUUCAGGAGAUUUUGCGAAAGAAACGUUAGUAUUCCCGCAUCUGGACCUUCCCUCGACACACUACAGACAGGUCCGACUACAGUUAAACUAAAAAACGCUCUUGAAGAUGGUUUUGAGCUUGGUCUUAACCAAGAAUGUCAGUUGUGCAUAGGUUCUGGGGGUGCUUGUGGAUAUAAUAAGAGUUCAAGUGGAUUCAUCUGCUACUGUGUAGAUGAUGAACCACGUAACGGUACUUGCGGUUCAAGAAAAAAUGGAAUCGCUCAUGGAGCUGGGGCAAAAAUAAUAGGUUCAGGAGUAGGUGUUAUUCUGUUCAUGGUCCUGGUUUUAACGUUGGCUCUACUAAUUCUCCGAAAGAGAAGAACAUCGCAUGGUCUUAGUCAACAAAACCUCAAGACACUUCCACAACCAAGACUCAAUGCACUGAUUCCACUAAAGCAGUAUAGCUACGCACAAGUGAAGAGAAUUACAAAGUCAUUCACGGAACAGAUCGGGAGCGGCGGAUUUGGGAUUGUCUAUAAAGGAACCCUUUGUGAUGGACGUUUUGUUGCAGUUAAGGUUUUGAAAGACAUAAAGGGUGAUAAUGGUGAAGACUUCAUCAAUGAAGUUGCAAGCAUGAGUCAAACUUCUCAUGUCAACAUUGUUACCCUGUUAGGAUUCUGCUCUGAAGGUUCCAAGAGAGCAAUUAUUUAUGAAUUUCUGGAAAAUGGGUGUCUUGAUAAGUUCCUCUCAGACAAGACCAAAAUGGAUAUAGAUUGUACGACACUUUCUAGAAUUGCGCUUGGAGUUGCUCGUGGUUUAGAGUACUUGCACCAUGGCUGCAAAACAAGGAUUGUACAUUUUGAUAUUAAACCACAGAAUGUACUACUAGACGACAAUCUUUGUCCCAAAGUUUCAGACUUUGGCCUUGCUAAGCUUUGUGAGAAGAAAGAGAGCAUCUUGUCAUUGCUAGACACAAGAGGUACAGUAGGAUACAUUGCACCUGAACUGUUUUCAAAAAUGUACGGUAGAGUUUCCCACAAGUCAGAUGUGUAUAGCUACGGAAUGCUGGUCCUUGAGAUGAUAGGAGCAACAAGGAAUAAAGAGAGACCUACUCAAAACUCUGCAUCGAACACAAGCUCAAUGUACUUUCCUGGAUGGGUAUACAAGGAUCUUGAGAAGGGAGACAUUGGAAGGUCUAUCGAAAAUGGAAUUAACUGCAAAGAUGAGGACAUAAUCAAGAAGAUGACAUUGGUGGGUUUGUGGUGUAUUCAAUGUUCUCCAUCAGAUCGUCCAGCGAUGAACAGAGUUGUAGAGAUGAUGGAAGGAAACCUUGAUGCUCUUGAAGUCCCUCCUAGGCCUGUUUUCCAAAUUCCAUCAGCGCCUUUUGAAGAAUCUUCUACGCUUUCGGAGGAUACAUCGGGAUGUGAAAGCAGCAAAAUGCAUUCCUCAAUUUAAAAUACCAUCUACAUAAUUAGAGUGUUUUUAAUAUGAUUUUCAAUGUAAUAUUCUUAUAUUUAAACCAUGUUAUUCAUUAUAUAUAAACUAGAGAGAGUGUACUAAGAUCACCAA